AUGCAUAUAACCCUUCUCACCAUCAUCACUCUUGCCUCCUUCGCCCUGGCCGAGUAUCGCCCAGAAGAGCGUGUCGUCCUGGCAGAUUGUGGAAUCCACCCACCCAAUGGCGAUUCCACCUCGCGCCAAAUCAUGUAUUACCACGCUGCUCCAUGGGCGUUCCAAGGAACACGAGGGAAAUGGGUGACACCGGACAUGAUGACCGAUGUCCCCUGGGACGGGUCGUAUCCCUGGCGAACAAAGGGAUUGAAGCGUAAGAUGCCAAACGGGGAUGAGUUCUCCAUCGUGAUCGAUCCCUCAAUCCCUGAUUCGAACGAUCAAUUCGCUGGGCUCGCAGGCCAUACCUUCGAACCUCAUGGGUUUGGAUGUCGUGGUCACCACGAGCGCGGGAUCUACAUUCUAGACGAUGGCACCGAAUGCGCGUCAGCGUAUAUCUGCGACCACAAGACCGAGACUCGACCGAGUCCUGCUCCGGCUCCGGCUCCCCCAGCUGGAAAGACGACCUCGUCACUGACUCUCUCGUCCGAUGCAAUCUAUGUUGACACUUCCAAUUUGUACAAGGAUAAGCUGAGACUUAUGAACCCGAGCGAUGCCUUUCAUAGUGUUUAUGAUGCUAUUGAGGGAAAUGGAUGCAGGAAGACGGAUUUUGCUGUUUCUGACUCCUGCACAAUAUCUUACGAUUGGGAGAAGAAUGACGCAAAGUCUCGCAGUGAUGCUGUCGCUAAGUUCUUGCAUGGUACUGCUGGUCCUCAGGUUUCGAAGUCUUGGUAUGAGAAGACUACCUACUCGCAGCAGUGGGGAGUUCCUACAUAUUGGAUUGGGUAUAAGUAUCCGAAGAGUGGACAGAUUGUUAUUACUCAUGAUAAUUCCAUCCAGUCACAACUCUCUUUUGAGAUCAAGUGCAAAGGAAGUUGGUUCUGUGAUGUUGGCUGUACUGAGGUCACUACCGGGAUGCUUGCUUUGGGUUAUGCCCAGGGCAUGGCUCCCGUUGGUGUCUUUGGCACUUUGACUGCUGGUGCUUGUGGGCUGUUUUGUUGA